AUGCAUGCUGAGUGGAAUCAAGAGAGAAGAGUUCGUGUUAUCGCCCUGAUCGAGGAUUGUAAUUACUGCCCUUCUGAUGCCGGUGAGAGGUGCGGAGUAGCGAAGAGGACGGCUAGGCGUUGGUGGAAAAACUACAAAGAAACAGGCUGUAUUGAACGGAAAAGUGGGAGUGGUCGACUCCGUGUGUCCAGUGAAGGGGACGACCGACGUCUGUUCGACAAUAUACUCACCAAUCCAUUUCUCAGUUGCCGUCAACUGGGAGAGGUUUCUCAGCUUCCUGGUAGUGCAAGAACUGUGAGAAGGAGACUGAAAGAUCAUGGACUUUUAUGCCGAAGAGCUGCUAUAAAGCAACGCUUGACGGAAUACCAGAAGGUCGACCGUAUGGCCUAUGCGGAAGAGUAUCUCGAUUUUGACUGGAGCAGAUUCAUAUUUCUGACGAGGAAAUAUUUUCUUCCGUCACCAAUGCUCCGGUUCAGGUGUACCGGCCACGGGGAGAGCGUUUCAGUCCGAAGUAUCUCGUGGAAAGAGAGAGAAGUGGACGCUUUUCUGUUGGCGUUUGGGGCUAGAUCUCGGCUCGGGGAGCAACGGAGAGGCGUAUGUUAA